GGUGGUGUUAGAAUGCUACGUAUAGAGAGAAAAGUUCUUUUUUAUAAAGACCCGCUUCCUAUAUUCGACGAAGCGACAACUAGAAUUAUUGAAGACUUUGCACAGGAGGAUUAUUCUGAGAUUGUUCGCGAUGCAUACCAUCACCCAGAACUCGUACAAAGUAUUUGUACCAAGUGA